GAGCUAAGGAAGAAACCUUAGAUUCUCACCUCUGAGAAUUGACUUAGGCUUGUUUAAAGUACAAUUGUCCUCUGUUUCCAUGGGGUCUGUACAUAGUGAUUCAACUGACAGAAGAUCAAAGUCAUUAGAUUUACAUCUGCACUGAACAGGUGUAUACUCAUUUACUCUGCAGUCGAUAUACUUUUUACAUAGGAUUUGCAUCAUAUUGCAAACUAUAAUGAAUAUAAAGAUAAUUCUUUCCCAUGCAUGUAUGCAUGUGUUUGCAUGUAUUUCUCUCUCUGUGAAUGUGUACGUAUGUUCAUGGUUGUGUGGUGGUAAGACAAGAGCUUCCAGUAUCAUGCUUAGGGAGGCUAUCCAUCUUCUUUGAUAUAGAGACUCUUACUGGCCUGGAACUCACCAAUUAGGCUAGGCUGGCUGUUCAGUGAGCUUCAGGAAUCCUCUGUCUGUGCCUCCUGUGAUGGGAUUACAAAUGCCAACUAGUAUGUCUGGUGUUUUUACUUGGGUUCUGGGGGUUGAACUCAGUCUUUGUGCUUGUAAGGUGAGUACUUUAUUGACUGAGCCAUCUCUUCCCCAUCCAUGAUAGUUUGAAGUAUAUAGACAGAUGGGCAUAGAUGCAGCUAUUACCUUAUUUAUUAUAAGGGACUUGGUUUUGGAUGAGGUUCUUGGAACCAAUAUCCCAAGUAGGAAGACUAUGCUUAAGGAUUUGAGAGAAUGGGAGCCAUUUUUGAAUUUUACUUCUAGAAUCUUUAACUUCUCAAGCAAAGGAAGAAGUAGAGACUGAAAACUGGAAAUCUGUGAAGAGUGAAGAUGCCCUCAUGCGGGAGUACUGGAGAAUGCUGUUUUGGAGACCCUUGCUAGAGACAGCUCGUGACAACUGAGCUGCUCAAGGAGGGAAGAACUCUGAGCUGAAUAGUAGUGGGUUCCUGGAUCUGGAGAGAAGAGGCCACCUUGGAACCAGUAAUGAACCAUCCUGACUACAAGCUGAACCUUCGGCCCCCCGGGACCUCCAGAGGUGUGUCCUCUGUGGUUGGCCCGCAUGGUGCUGGUGCUUCGCCAGGUGACAAAAAGUCAAAGAACAAGUCCAUGCGAGGGAAGAAAAAGAGCAUAUUUGAACCCUACAUGUCCAAGGAGGAUGUUUCAGAAGGCUUGAAGAGGGGAACACUUAUCCAGGGUGUAUUGAGAAUCAAUCCAAAGAAGUUUCAUGAAGCCUUCAUUCCUUCUCCGGAUGGUGAUCGGGACAUUUUUAUUGAUGGAGUUAUUGCUCGUAAUAGAGCUUUAAAUGGGGACCUUGUUGUUGUAAAACUGCUUCCUGAAGACCAGUGGAAGCCAAGGAUAACCUUGUCUGUGCCUGGAGUGCUGGGAUCGCAGGCAAUUAAACCAGAGAGCAAUGACAAAGAAACAGAAGUUACUUAUGAAGCUGAUAUCUCUGAGGAGUGCUGUGGACAUCACCUCUUGCAGCAGUCCCCAAAAGGCUGUAAUAGUCCUGAUGUCAUUAUAGAGGCUCAGUUUGAUGACAGCGACUCAGAAGAUAGACAUGGGAACACUGGUGUCCUGGUUGAUGGUGUUAAGAAAUUGACACUUCAUACUCCUGACAAAGGAAGAGAAGAUUCUAGUGCUCCAGUUACAAAAGAUGAGAACACCCCCAUGUCACAGGACACAAGAGCCUUACCUGAGAAGUCACUGCAGAAAUCAGCAAAGGUGGUUUACAUCUUGGAGAAAAAGCAUUCCCGCGCAGCAACUGGCAUCCUCAAACUCUUGGCUGAUAAGAACAGUGACCUGUUUAAGAAAUACGCCCUGUUUUCCCCUUCAGACCACCGAGUGCCUAGAAUUUAUGUACCUCUCAAGGACUGUCCCCAGGACUUCAUGACCCGGUCUAGAGAUUAUGCCAACACACUAUUCAUCUGCCGCAUCAUAGACUGGAAGGAGGACUGUAACUUUGCCCUGGGGCAACUGGCUAAGAGUCUUGGGCAGGCUGGUGAAAUCGAGCCUGAAACAGAAGGGAUCCUGACAGAAUAUGGUGUGGACUUCUCUGAUUUUUCUUCAGAAGUUCUUGAAUGUCUCCCUCAGAGCCUACCCUGGAAAAUUCCACCUGAUGAGUUAUGCAAGAGAAGAGACCUAAGAAAAGACUGUAUAUUCACCAUUGAUCCAUCAACUGCUCGAGACCUCGAUGAUGCCCUCUCCUGCAGGCCUCUCACUGAUGGCACCUUUGAAGUGGGUGUCCACAUUGCCGACGUGAGUCACUUCGUUCCUGAGGGAUCCUCUCUGGAUAAGGUGGCCGCUGAGCGAGCCACAAGUGUCUACUUGGUUCAGAAGGUAGUUCCGAUGCUUCCCAGGCUUCUAUGUGAAGAACUGUGCAGCCUCAACCCCAUGACUGACAAGCUGACCUUCUCUGUGAUCUGGAAGCUGACCCCUGAAGGCAAGAUACUUGAGGAGUGGUUUGGCCGCACUGUCAUCCGUUCCUGCACCAAACUGAGCUACGACCAUGCCCAGAGCAUGAUUGAAAGUCCAACUGAGAAGAUCCCUGAGGAAGAGCUGCCUCCCAUCUCUCCAGAACACCGUCCUGAGGAGGUCCACCAGGCAGUCCUGAACCUGCACAGCAUUGCCAAGCAGCUUCGCCAGCAGCGCUUUGUGGAUGGUGCCCUCCGUUUAGAUCAGUUGAAGCUUGCUUUUACUCUGGACCAUGAGACUGGAAUGCCUCAAGGAUGUCAUAUCUAUGAGUACCGAGACAGCAACAAGCUUGUAGAGGAAUUCAUGCUCCUGGCCAAUAUGGCAGUGGCCCACAAGAUCUUCCGCACCUUCCCAGAGCAGGCCCUGCUGCGCCGGCACCCACCACCACAGACAAAGAUGCUCAGUGACCUGGUGGAGUUCUGUGACCAGAUGGGACUGCCUAUGGAUGUCAGCUCUGCAGGGGCCCUCAAUAAAAGCCUGACCAAAACAUUUGGAGACGACAAGUACUCUCUGGCCCAGAAAGAGGUGCUCACCAACAUGUACUCCCGGCCCAUGCAGAUGGCACUGUACUUCUGCUCUGGGAUGCUGCAGGACCAGGCGCAGUUCCGACACUAUGCUCUCAACGUUCCCCUCUACACACACUUCACCUCUCCCAUCCGCCGCUUCGCUGACGUCAUAGUGCACCGCCUCCUGGCUGCUGCUCUGGGCUACAGUGAGCGGCCAGAUGUGGAACCUGAUGCCCUACAAAAGCAAGCUGAUCACUGCAAUGACCGCCGCAUGGCUUCCAAGCGUGUGCAGGAACUCAGUAUCGGCCUCUUCUUCGCUGUUCUAGUAAAGGAGAGUGGUCCCCUAGAGUCUGAAGCCAUGGUGAUGGGUGUUCUGAACCAAGCCUUCGAUGUGCUGGUGCUGCGCUUUGGGGUGCAGAAGCGCAUCUACUGCAAUGCACUGGCCCUUCGAUCCUACCACUUUCAGAAGGUGGGGAAGAAGCCAGAGCUCACACUCCUCUGGGAACCUGAUGAUCUUGAAGAGGAGCCAGUACAGCAGGUCAUCACCAUCUUCAGCCUGGUGGAUGUGGUCCUGCAGGCAGAGGCCACAGCCCUCAAGUACAGUGCUAUCCUGAAGCGACCGGGCCCUGUGCGUUCCCUGGGCCUGGAGAAGGAGUCUGAUGAGGAGCCUGAGGACUGAAUGCUAGCCCAAGCCAGGCCUGUGCCUGCCCUACCCUGCUGGCUUUUAGGAAUAGGACCUUUUGACACCAAAGGGGAUUUUUAAUUUGGUUUUUUAACAACUCAGGGGUUUGUUUUUAUUUUUUAAUUUUAUUUUACUUUUGCAACUCAGUUUUUAAAUGAACUGGAAGGGAUACAGUGUGGUUGGGGGUCAGGGGAAGGAAUGCUGAGGCCUGGCCAGUGCUUCCCUGAGCAGAGAGGGUCCCAGUCUUCCUGGGCAGGCAGCCUUGCUUCGACCAGGCCACCCACUGCCCUUCCCUGCCCAGGAAAUGGGGGGUUUCAGCAAAUCAGUGUCAUGGAAUAAAAUCAAGUGUGAAGUGC